AUGGUCAGAAAAACUUUAGACUCCGUUCCCGAACCAGUUGUUCUCCCCACCGAGCAAAUCGUUCAAAAACGUAUCAAACUCAAAAUGGUUGAUUUGGACGCUGAGAUUGCCAAAUUAAAUAUGCAAAGUCUGGAAAGCAGUAUUCAGAUGAUCAAGGACUUGGACCAGAUGAACGUAGAUGCGGUCCAAACUACAGCUGCUCUGGAAGACCAGGAUGAACAAUUGGACAAAAUCGAAGAGAAUCUCAGCAAAGUGAUCGACGACCUGAAUGUAGUCUCAACAAACAUCACCGCCAUGGAGCAUUACUGUGGCUGUGGAAUUUUCCGAAUUUUUUGCGCUCCAUUCAAAUAUUUUCGAAAACGCGAGCGUGACAUCAUAAAGGAAGAAGUCUUGGAGAAAAUGACGAGUCCGAAAUUGCGUAGGAAGGAAGAGAGCAACACGGUGAUUUUUAGGAGCUCUAAUAAAAGAAGGGAGUCAACCGGGGAUUUUAUGAAAAGAUUAACAUGCGACACAAUCGAAGACGAAUUAGAGCGUAAUCUGAUGCAAAUCGAUCAAGGGCUUGAAUCUACCGAAACAAACGAUUGUGUCGUGGAAGGUGUCAACGACAAGGUGAAAAAACUGCUGCAUUAA